AUGACUAAGAGGUGGACUAGAGAUGCUGAAGCUGGGCAAUCUGGGCACUCAAGGAAACUAAGUCAGGAUCAGAAGCCGGAGCAGAUGCAGUAUAAGCAACAGGAGGGUGAAAAGUACUCGGAGCGGGACCUCAAAACUGUGGCUGAGACAGCUGAGAAUAGUGUUGUCGGUGUCUAUGCUUUGUUAUAUCCAUGCAUUUUUAUAGGCUUUCAGGUAUUGGUCCAGGCUGUAGAACAACUAGUUGAAGAUGAAGCUUCUGAAAAGAUGACCACUGAUCAAUUGGUAUGGUUGUACGCAAUCAUGUUAUCUGCUACGGUGAUAAAACUUGCACUGUGGUUUUACUACAGAAGCUCAGGAAGCACAAUUGUCCGUGCUUACGCAAAGGAUCACUAUUUUGAUGUGGUAACCAAUAUAGUCGGGUUAGUUGCAGCUGUUCUUGGUGAUGAGUUCUACUGGUGGAUUGACCCUGUCGGUGCUAUUGCUCUUGCAAUUUAUACAAUCACAAAUUGGUCUGGAACUGUUCUCGAAAAUGCAGGGCCAUUCAGAAAUAACUAAAUGGAGCUAGAAAGUAUGCGAUUUUGAUUCCCUCUGCAUCAUCAUAGAACUGAACAACAAUAUGGCAGAAUAGAUCGAAGAAAACAUGGCUAAGAAGCAUGGACACGGGACACGGUGAUUUAAAAAAAAAUGGGGACGUGGACAUGGCGGGGACACGUCAAUACAUUAUAUAUAAGAAUUGACUAAAAAGUCAUAUUAGGAAGAUGGAUGCACCAAUAAGACCUCUUGACUUUUUUAUGACUUUCUAGUGCAUCAAAACAUCUUCUUCACUUUUAAUUGUUACCACAAUAUUUUUUUCUUUCUUUUUAGCGGCAUUUUCAUAAAAAAAUGUCAUUAAUUGUUAGUUUUUAGCAAUAGUUGAAAAAUUCGUCACAGGAAAAUGUCACUAAUUGUUAGUGUUUAGUGACAACUGAAAAAUUCGUUACAGAAAACGUCACUAACUGUCAUUUUUUAGUGACAAAUAUAGAAGAUCGUCAUAGAAAAACGUCACUAAUUGUCAAUUUUUUGCGACAGAUUUAGAAAAGCGUCACUAACAAUUGUGGACUUUUUGAUCUAUACAAAGUGGGACUUAAUAGUGCAUAGGUCCUUAUAACAGGACCAACGAGUAAUUACUCCUUUAUUUAUUUGCUAUGUAGUUUAUUAUAACAUUCACAAAUAAUCAAAAUUAAUAACAUUUAACACUAAUUCAAUAUAUAUAUAACCUCACUCUUAAGUUUACUCUUAUCUUUUAUGUCUUUUUUAUGAAUGAUCUAUUCAUUAUUUAAAUCUAAUAAAAAAAUAAUAAACAUUCAACAUCCAUCAAAAACACGAAAGAAUAGGGAAAAAAAACUAAUUGGUGUCCUUGGCAUGUCCCUGAGGUGUCCCUUGAAAAAGAAUUAAUUACAUAAAGGGACAUACCACAUGGCGUGUCCCAUUUGUGUCCACAUCGUGUUCCUGUGUUUGACACGGCUACAACACUUGUUCUGAAGUGUCAGUACUGCAUAGUGUCUUGGUCUCUAGAGUUGCUUUUUUGCUAGCAAAUAAGCAUUAGUGAUGUAGAACAAAGUAGGAGAAAAAGAGGGACACUUAAAAUAGCCACAACCUAAUCAUCACAAUGGCCUCAUUUGGGAAGUGGCUAUUUUAGAGGCUUUUCAGCUUUUUGGCUAUUUUAGUAGGCUAUUUUAGUUUUUGUGUUUGGGAAAAUGAGAUGAAUUUUUAGUUAAGUUGUUGUAUUGAAAAGUGUGUUGAAAU